AUGGCGCCGCGACGCGCAGGACAGCCCUUCCGCCGGGUAGGCAAGAUGGGCAACGCAUCGUACGGCCCACGCAAGCCCAAGACGGUUGACGCCUCAACAUUACGGAGCGGAGAAGCGAUGUCACAGAAUGAAAAGGUGGAAUCGACACGCCUGGCGCACCGCAUCGACGAGACCAUGGGCUUCGCACGUUUCGAUUCGGGAAAGAAGAAAGUAGGAUGGCUCGUCAACAUGCACUCGACAACAAUCGAAGACGAAGACGUUCCUGGCGGCAGAGCCGGAGUUGACUAUUACUUCAUUGGCGACGAAGGUGACACGUUCAAAGCAACGCUCGAGUACGACCCCUACUUUCUCCUGGCGGUCAAGAAAGGCAGGGAACAAGACGUGGAAGAGUACUGUAAAAGAGCAUAUGAGGGCUUGGUGAAGACGGUGAAGAUCAUACAGAAGGAGGACCUGAGCAUGCCAAAUCACCUCACCGGGUACCGGAGAAAGUUUUUGAUGCUUACCUUUGCCAACGUGAACGAUCUUCUGGCUGUCCGGAAAGCUGUUGCCCCAAUAGUGGAGAAGAACAAGAAGAAUAUCAACGCCAUGGACACAUAUGCCGAGGUCGCCAAUGGCAACGGUGCCUUUGACUUCUUCGAUAACGACGAUUACGAAUAUGAGAAACGACUUACGACUACCGUUGAUGCCAGCGAUUUCAUUCUAGACAUUCGGGAAUACGACGUGCCCUACCACGUACGAGUGGCCAUUGACAAGGACGUUCGAAUUGGAAACUGGUACACGGUUGAGGCCAAGCAUGGCGUAAUAAGCAUAACCUGUAUAGAGGACCGCCUUACACCGGCAGAUCCUGUCGUGAUGGCGUACGAUAUCGAGACAACGAAGCUCCCAUUGAAGUUUCCCGACGCGGCGAUCGAUCAGAUCAUGAUGAUAUCGUACAUGAUUGAUGGCCAGGGGUUUCUGAUCACGAAUCGUGAGAUAGUUUCAGAAGACAUCCAGGACUUUGAGUACACACCAAAGCCGGAAUACCAGGGUCCAUUCAUGAUCUUCAACGAACCAGACGAAAAAGCGGUCCUGGAAAGAUUCUUCGAACACAUCAAGGAAGCCAAACCCACGGUCAUGGUCACAUACAACGGAGAUUUCUUCGAUUGGCCCUUUGUUGAGGCAAGAGCUAGUGUGCAAGGCAUUGACAUGUACCAGGAGAUUGGGUUCAGGAAAAACAGCGAGGAUAUCUACCAGUCCGACUACUGUGCACACAUGGAUGCCUUUGCUUGGGUUAGUCGAGACAGUUACCUUCCUCAAGGAAGUCGUGGUCUCAAGGCUGUCACGAUGGCCAAAUUGGGCUACGACCCUGAUGAACUCGACCCCGAACUGAUGAUGCCAUACGCAGCUGAGCGACCGCAGACUCUUGCAGAAUAUUCCGUUUCCGAUGCCGUUGCGACCUACUACCUGUACAUGAAAUAUGUCCACCCCUUCAUCUUUGCCUUGUGCAAAAUCUUGCCACUCGGACCAGACGAUGCGCUGCGCAAGGGUACCGGUACUCUGUGUGAGAUGCUGUUGAUGGUGCAAGCAUAUCAAAAAGGAAUCGUACUACCAAAUAAACAUCAGGCACCGAAAGAGGCCUUCUGGGACGGCCAUUUGCUUGAGUCAGAGACUUAUGUUGGAGGUCACGUCGAGGCGCUGGAAGCUGGCGUGUUCCGAAGCGAUAUUGCAUACAACUUCGCCGUCGACCCUACAGCUAUCGAUGAACUGAUGAACGAUCUCGACGCUGCCCUCAAGUUCAGUAUCGAGGUGGAAGAGAAAAAGAAGAUGGAAGACAUUAUCAACUACGACGAAAUCAAGGCUGAGAUUGUUGAGAAGCUGAUGCAGCUCAAGAACACACCAAACCGUAGCGAGCGACCUCUGAUCUACCAUUUGGACGUUGCAUCCAUGUAUCCAAAUAUCAUGACCACGAACAGAUUGCAACCUGACUCUAUGAUCAACGAGUCAAAUUGCGCAGCCUGCGACUUCAACCGUCCCGGAAAGACAUGCGAUCGCCGGAUGCCGUGGGCCUGGAGAGGAGAGUAUCUUCCAGCCAAACGCGACGAGUACAACAUGGUGCGCAACGCACUAGAAAACGAGCAAUUCCCAGGAAAAUAUCCAAACUCGCCGAAGCGGACGUUUCAAGAACUUUCCGAGGAUGAACAGGCUGCUCUGGUCCGAAAGCGUUUGACAGACUACUCCAAGAAGAUCUACCACAAGGUUCACGAUGCAACGACAAUCGAGCGCGAGGCCAUCAUCUGCCAACGAGAGAACCCAUUCUAUGUUGAUACUGUGAGCGGUUUCCGUGACCGACGAUAUGACUUCAAGGGCAAGCAGAAAGUGUGGAAAGGCAAGACGGAGGCGUUAAAAGCGGCUGGUGCUCCAGCAUCUGAGAUUGAAGAUGCGAAGAAAAUGAUUGUCUUGUUCGACUCGAUGCAGCUGGCCCACAAGGUUAUUUUGAACUCCUUCUACGGAUACGUCAUGCGAAAAGGAUCCCGCUGGUACUCUCUGGAGAUGGCUGGUGUUACUUGCCUGACUGGUGCCCGUAUCAUUCAAUUGGCUCGCUCUCUUGUAGAGCGAAUAGGUCGACCUUUAGAGUUGGACACUGACGGUAUCUGGGCUAUCCUACCGGCGACUUUCCCAGAGAACUUUUCCUUCAAGCUUCGCAACGGCAAAAAGCUCACCAUUUCUUAUCCUUGCACCAUGUUGAACCAUCUGGUACACGCACAGUAUACCAAUCACCAGUACGAGACAUUGGUAGAUCCAGUGAAUUUCCGGUACGAGAAGCACAGCGAUAACUCCAUCUUCUUCGAAGUCGACGGCCCUUACAAAGCUAUGAUCUUGCCUACGUCGAAGGAGGAGGACAAGAAUUUGAAGAAGCGUUAUGCAGUGUUCAACCACGACGGUAGCUUAGCUGAACUGAAAGGUUUCGAAGUGAAGCGUCGUGGUGAGCUGAAGCUCAUCAAGAACUUCCAGGCUCAAAUCUUCAAGUUUUUCUUGGAAGGUACCACACUCGAGGAGACAUACUCUGCGGUUGCCAAGGUAGCGAACCGAUGGCUUGAUAUCCUGGACACGCGUGGAGCAACAUUGGCUGAUGAAGAGUUGAUUGAUCUCAUUGUCGAGAACAAGAACAUGACAAAGACACUGGAGGAGUACGGUUCACAGAAGUCGACUGCCAUUACAACCGCUAAGCGUCUCGCCGAAUUCUUGGGCGAGCAAAUGGUGAAAGACAAGGGAUUGAACUGCAAGUACAUCAUCUCCAAGACACCGAGAAACGCGCCUGUCACUGAGCGUGCUGUUCCCUUGUCUAUAUUCUCAGCUGAGGAGUCAGUGAAACGAUACUUCUUGAGGAAGUGGCUGCGAGACGACCCAGGAGAGAUGGACAUCCGGUCAGUAUUGGACUGGGAUUACUACCGCGAGCGCCUGGCUUCCGUUAUCCAGAAACUCAUUACUAUCCCUGCAGCGUACCAAAAAGUUCGAAAUCCCGUUCCUAGGGUGCCCCAUCCCGAAUGGCUUGACCGUAGGAUUCGUCAAAAGGAAGACAAAAUGCAGCAGACGAAGAUGACGGACAUGUUCAGCAAGAAGGUACUCACGAACGGUGAUGCUAAUGUCGCGAACAACAAGCUCAAUGGCGAUCUUGAGGACUUUGGAUCGGCAAAGUUGACUCAAAACCAAUCCCAAAUGAAGAAGGGAAUCGUUACCAAGAUGGUUGCGAAGCGUAAAGAACCCGAACCUGCUGUACCAAUCGUCGAUCCCUACGCUGCAUUGCCUAAAGUCAUGCCAAGUAUUGAUGAAGACUACUCCGGUUGGUUGGUGUAUCAGAAACAAAAGUGGAAGAUCCAACGAGAAGCACGAAAGCGCAGACGGCAACUGUUCGGAGAGAAGGCGGUUGAUUCAUCGGACGCAAUUGGUAGCUUCUUCAGGAAUCAGGCGCAAUCCCUCUUCAUCAGCACAUGGCAACUUGUACAACUACGGCCGACAGAAACACCUGGAGAGGUUAGAGCUUUUGUUCUCAUCGACAAGAAAAUUCAUGCCCUCAAGAUCAUCGUACCACGACAACUAUACCUCAACCUGAGGAGCGAGGAUCUUCCGGAUGUGUCCAUCAGUGGUUGCUCUGUGGAAAAGGUUGUCAACCAUACCUUGCCCAAUGGCCAUCCUUCUAUUCAUCUAUUCAAGCUUCAGAUGUCAGAGGAGACGUACGUUCACGAAGCAGACAGCAUGUCGGCUCUGUUCAAUCACUCCAGCGUCGAAGGUGUGUAUGAAAAGCAAGUACCACUGAAUAUCCGGGCUAUACUUGAGCUUGGAAGCAUAUGCACAUUCGACGAAUCCCAGAAGGGUGUUCUUGGAAAAGGUCUCGAGCAAGGUUUCGACCUCUCCGCGCUCCGAAAAGUGUCAACCAAAGAACUGUACCUCGCUGAAGCGCCUUUCAACUACAUCUACCUGUACCAUGUCACCAGCGGAGAUCGAAACAUCUAUGCAGUAUUUUCAACUUCGAAGAGCGAUGCGCACAUAAUCAUCCAGAACAAGACAAAGGACACUCAGGGCAUGCCAAAUGUUGACCGUAUCUAUCGCGAUGCUCUACAACGACGGAUGGAAGACAACAACGGUGAACCAUGGCAGACCAUGAUUGAGUACCAGGAGGACAUUCACUUCAAGACGACAACAGUGACGACCAAGCGCAAGGCUCUCCUCGAGAUAGGCGAUGUUAUCAAGAGGAUGAAAGCAGAAGAGACUGGUCCAAUCAUUGUCGUUGUGCAAUCGCCAAAUCAGGCUCUUCUCUCGCACGAUGUUCCAACUCUGAAAGACCUGCCCAUCUUGUCGCUUAACCCAGAUGAAUCUGACAAGCAAUUGCCACCACUAGGCUGGCAAUCCUUCAUUGCUAAGCGGUUGGUAGGACACUAUCUGGAUCUUGGGUCUUGGGUCGCACAUUUACUGGAGCUGGCUCGCUAUGGAGAUGUCCCGCUCUGCAACCUCGAGAGCAACGAUCCACGCUUCCUUAUUGACGUAGCGUACGCCCGACGGCUACAGAAAGACCGUGUGAUAUUGUGGUGGUCUGGCCAAGCAAAGCCCGAUCACGCUGGAUACGAGAAGGAUGAUAUCCUUGGGCCUCUCGAGACUGUGGAAAUGCCUUCCAUCAAUAACCCAGGCACCUACUCAUCUGUGUGCAUCGACAUCAAUCUCCGCAACCUUGCUAUCAACACCAUCCUGUCAUCAUCUCUUGUCAAUGAGCUUGAGGGCGCAGAUUCCGUUUCCUUUAACCCUGCUGCGCCAUCUUAUGAUUCAGCUAAUGAUGGCUCCAAUGUCAUCUACUCAGACAACGCUUUCGCAAGCGCAGGUAUUCUGGUCCUUCGGGAGAUGGUGAAGGCUUGGUGGGUCGAAGCUGUCCAGGCUGGUCACGGCUUUAGUAUGGCCGAUGUCAUAGUCCAGCAUCUUGUGCGCUGGGUCAGCAGUCCUGGGUCCUUCCUCUACGACCGCUCUCUACAUUACUAUGUUCAGAUGAUGUCGAAGAAGACAUUGCAGCAACUCAUGACAGACUUCAAGCGAGUGGGCUCACAUAUUGUCUUUGCCAGCCCAAACCGCCUCCUUCUCCAGACCACCAAAGCUGAAAUUGGGAAUGCAUACGCCUACAGUCAGUACAUCAUCAAGACCAUCAAGACCAAGCCACUAUUCCAGUUCAUGGAGCUGGAAAUCAAGGAGUACUGGGACUAUCUGGUCUGGUACGAUGAGUUCAACUACGGAGGCAAGGGCUGCAACAAGGUGACGGAAGAUGAGAAUCAACCGGUGGAAAACAUCAUGUGCUGGCAGCUUGCGCAGUUCUUACCACCAAAGUUCCAGCCCACCUUCAACGAAUGGGUGAUCGAGUUCAUUGAGCUUAUGCACGCACGUAAACGCCCAGCUAUCCCUGAAGAUGGCUCGACACCGCGGGUAACUCAAAUUCCUCUCCGACCGCUCACCGUGGAUCCAAACGAGCAAACACAGAUACUGCCCAAGUCUUUCACGAAGCCCCUGUCCAAGCAAAUGAAUGCUUUUGCGAAGAAGCAGCAUGCAGAGAUUCUGGACCCUCUAUUCACAUCCGACUACGUCUUCCCAGAGCUCCCAGGUUCGCACCUCAAGCUCACAAACCCGGUCCUCCAACUUGUCAAGAGCAUCAUGCAAGUCCUCAGUCUGGACCGUGCGAUAUCACUCGAAGCACGUGCACUACGAAAAGAGUUGCUGAACCUCUUCGACAUCCGCGAGUUCAGUGCAGAAGCCUCAUUUACCAACCCCAGCGCCGCGCUCGUUGUUCGAGGCGUCAUCUGCGACGACUGCACAUCCUCACGCGACCUGGAUCUCUGCCGCGACUCCUCCCUUCUUCCCGUCGUUCUCCCCGACAGCGACGCGGCCCCAGUACUACCCAAAUGGAAAUGCGACAACUGCGAGGCCACAUAUGACAAACGGCGUAUCGAAGAGCAACUCGUAGGCGAGGUACAGAAAAUGGUCCUCGAGUGGUGCACGCAAGAUCUCAAGUGCGCCAAGUGCAAGAGGCUGCGCAGCAACGAGUUCAUGGAACACUGUGCUUGUGCAGGAGAAUGGGUAGCUACGAAGAACAAACCUGAAAUCAAAAGACGGUUGGGUGUCUAUGGCAAUGUAGCUCGGUUCUACGCCCUAGGCAUGUUGGAAGCUGUUGUAGAAGAGUGCUUGUCGAGUUUCUAG